AUGAUUAGAAAGAACGGUUGGCUGACUCAUGUGGAAUUGGAAGAAAUAAAAAGAAGAGUUACAACAGAAGAGGAAGGGGUGAUAGAUGAUAGUAGCGUCGGAGAGGAGACUGUAAUUAAUGAGAUACCAGUGACUGAGCCUGAAAUAGAACCUGUGGUAACUUUCCUGGAGGGAAGUGAGAGAAGCGAAGCGAAUACAAAAAUGAUAGAAGAAAUUAUUGAAAUCAUGAAAGAAGGGAACAUAAGUCAAUCACGAAGUCUGAAAAAAGCAGACAGAAAAUCUGUGAAUGAGGCUGUUAAGGAGGUAAACGACGCCUUGAUAAGCAUCAGAACGGAAAACAUAACUGACACAAACAAACUGAUCAGUGCUGUUGCAUUGUAUGUUGCGAGGAAACUAGGCAUAGGGAAACCAAAGAUAGAAAAUAAGACAAAAGAACCAUGGUGGAAAAGAAGAAUAAGCGAAUCUAUUAAUGAACUUAGAAAGCACAUUAACAUACUUGAGCGCGAAAAGAGAGGUGAAGUAUCGAAGAAAGGGAAAUACCAUGAACUGUCAAAAAAGUAUAACAUCACGAGAAAAGGAAUCUCUACUGUAAUUGAAGAGUUGAAACAGAGAAUGCAAGCCAAGGCUUUCAAACUAAGAAGGUACGAGCAAAGGACGCGACAAUAUCAAAUUAAUCGAAUGUUUCAAUAUGACCAAAAGAAGGUAUAUCAACAACUACAGGGUAAAGACAAAAAAAAGAAUACAACACCAGAUGCAGAUGAAAGUAGAAAAUUUUGGUCGAACAUAUGGGACAACGAAACACAGCACAAUAAAAAGGCUAAGUGGUUAGAGGAGUUAGAAAACAACAAACCUAAUCUAUCACAAAAUGACAUUGAAAUAACAACUAGAAUG